AUGCAAACAGCCAGAACAUCGCUUUCGGUGCGUCUUCGCCCACUUCAAGCAGGGUUCCGAGUUGCGACGUUUGAUGGCGGCGGUGUGCUCGGGAUCGUUUCGCUUGACUCGCUGAAGGCUACUCUUGCUGGGCUUCCUCUCGCUCUCCCGCCUUGCGAAUACUUUGAUCUGCUUGUUGGUACUAGCACCGGGUCGAUUAUCGCCGCAGCAUUGGGGUUUCUAAGAUGGUCCAUAGCACGGUGCGAGAAAUCCUUCAAUGACACAGCAAAGGAAGUGUUUCCAACCUCAGAUAGCAUGUUUCGAUCGAUAGAACGCUUACUGCGACUGCUUUGGACCGGCGCUAAGUAUCCGAGCGGGACCUUUCACCAAAUCCUAAAGAACAUCUUCCAUAGAGAACCUGAUCCCGGUUGCAAGGUAACCCGAGUAGCGAUCACCGCGGCGGACUUUAGCGCCGGGCUUCGAUUAUUCCGUUUUCAUAAUGCUGUCCCAUCCACGAAAUCCCGAUAUCGCCCGAUAUGGAAGGCAAUUGCCACUAGUUGUGCCGCUCCUCUCUACUUCAACCCAGUUGGUCGCCUCCAGGAUGGGGGUAUGGCUGCAAACAACCCCUCCGCCGUUGCUCUCCAGGAGGUGACUCGUUUGUCUAUGAUUCCCUCCCGUAUGCUAGACUUUGCGGCAAGCUUCGGGACGGGCCAGUUUUGCGGCUCGAGUCCGGGCGGGUUGCUCCGUGUGAUGAGGCGCUUGUCGCCGGAUUGGAUACAAAGACUUGGCAAGGGUGUACUUGGCAAUCUGGAUCCUGCUGUCUUGUAUCAGAGGUUUGAGGGGCAGUUGAGCCCGGAGGAGCUAUCCAGACACCAUCGCAUUGACCCUGUCAUCACCAGACCCCGGGUCGCUCUGGAUGAUACAAAUGCUAUUUCUGACUUACGCAGGCUGAGGACGGGUCAUGAUUUAUAUGGAGACUUGCGAUUAUCCAUACUUGCCACGGCAUUCUACGCGAUAGUCUUAGCCUCGCCAUCCUUUGAUGCGGAGGCGGGGUGCUACAAUGUACGAAUUGCCGUGGUUUCAAGGUGGGAGGACGACGACAGCACUCGCUGGAGCCUAUACGGAUAUCUCUGGUCGUCGAGCUUUCUUGUGCAGGGGGUUCAGCGGUACCGCUUUGCGACGUAUUUUGAACUUAAGGUCAUGGUUCCAUGUCUUUCUACGCCUAUUGAUAUUAGUCUGCAAGUUAAAGGAAGUCCCGCCCGCUCUAUUAGCGGCUUGCCUCUCUCGGUUGAGCAGCUUUCCUAUCUCCAAGGGAUUAGCUACAGUAGGGACUGGCCCGUGAGGUGUAAGCGAAAGCGUGAGACGUUCGAUACAUUUAAUCAUCACAAGCGACGGUGCCUAGAAAAGGGCCAGGCAGAUAUUCUGUAG